UAUAUAUAAUGCGGGUCCGUGAACAGCCCUCUGCUGUUAACCUUUCAGAUGAUGGAGCCACUUCUUUUGAUUGGAGGAGCUUUUGUCAGACUUUAUUUGAUGCACAAUGACUUCUUCAAGAAUCUUUGUGAUGGCACAAUAUUUUCCACUCCAGUGUCAUCAUGGAAGAGAGUGACUGAGGGAUCAUACCUGAUGGGACAGGAUAUAUCCCCCUACGAAGGUGACAUGGUCCAUGAGCCACCAUUAACCUUACUACUGUACAACCUCCUUCUGCAAAACUUUGCUGGCAUUGUACCUGCCUUCUUCAUCUUGGUAGAUCUACUGACGGCUCACAUUCUCAAGAGGACAGCUGACAAAUUUGUUCAGAAACAGGAGAAGCCAGCUGUCCGUUCCGGCGCCGCUCCACCCUCCUCUCCGUCCCCCGUGCCGCUGAUCGUGACCGCUGUGUACCUGUUCAACCCGUGCACGGCGGUGAGCUGCGCUGCGCUCAGUACGGCAGGACUCCACCAGCUACCGCUGGCGCUAGUCUUCUACGCGGCCGUUACGGAGCGCUGGUGGCUGUGCCUGUGCAGUCUGUCGGUCAGCUGCUACCUGGACCUGUACCCGGUGGUGCUGCUGGCGCCGCUGCUGGCAGCCGUCGGCGCCGCCGGCCGCAGCCGCCUGCUGGCCGCCCUGCUGGCCGCUGGCUGCUGGGCCGGCCUGCUGCUGCUCUCGGCCCACGCUCUGGGCGACUGGAGCUUCCUCCGGUCCACCUACGGCUUCAUCCUGUGGACGUGGGACCUGUCGCCGAACGUUGGCCUCUUCUGGUACUUCUUCACCGAGAUGUUUCAGCACUUUGAGUCGCUCUUCAUUGCCACAUUCCAAAUCAACGCGUUCAUAUACGCGGUGCCUCUGACAUUACGGUUCCGCGGUCAGCCCGUGCUGGUCAUGUUCGCCCUGCUCGUGCUCAUGGUGACGUUCAAGUCGUACCCGAGUGUAGCCGAGGCCGGCCUCUACCUGGCCCUGCUGCCGCUCUGGCGGCCCCUGGCGCCGCAUGCGCGCUACGGCUUCGUCGUCACCUGUUUCUAUGCGUCUGUGAUGGUGCUGGCGCCCGUCAUGUGGACCCUGUGGAUCCACGCGGGCUCAGCCAACGCCAACUUCUUCUUCGCCGUCACACUGGCCUACAACGCGGCGCAGAUUUUCCUGGUGACAGAUCUGCUGUUCGCUCAGCUGAAGCGGGACCACGUGCUCACCCACGGCACCGCCAAAGAGGUGGAAGGAAAGCCGGCCAAGCUCGUUCUCUGUUGAUCUCACGCACACAAAUACACAGGGUAGGGCUGUGAGGCGCUCCUGCUGCCCGGUCGGUCGUGGUCGCUGUCCGGUGGGCGAACACAGGAAAACACUGCCUGUGUUCGGCCGGUAGUACCGGCUGCCCAGUCUGUCACUGGUUAUAUGACCAGUGAUGUCAUGACCAGUGGCCACCAUGAGUGAAACAGGGCCCAGGACCAUUAUGGACCAGUGACGUCAUGAUCAGUGACGUGAGGUCCAGUGAAGUCAGUGAAAAGAGUCAUGCACAAUGCACCGGGACGCUGUUGAUGUCAAACAGCAUCAAGUUUUCCUGAAGGGGCCACUGCCUGGUGGUUCCGUUGAAGACUGAAGAGUGCAGCGUGGUUGUGAGUGUGAUCCGUGAUUUAGUCCAGUCCGCUGCUGCUGACGGGAAGCUGAAGCUGAAGGGCACGUACGGCUAAGCUGAGAUUCGGGGGAUGCCAUAGCUCAUUUUCUAGUGAGUCCUGCAUAUAAUUAAUUGCGGUACUGCUAGCCAGUGCUAUUCUUCAACUGAGAUGCCGACGUAUCUCGCGAGUCCAGUGAAGCCCAUGUCUGGUGCUGCUCCCGGCAGUGUUGCGUGGUCUUUCCGCUGGACGGUUUUGUCAGUUAGUCACUUUGUUUGUUUCAAUCAUCGCCGUACGAUGGUCGCCGCGAACUCCAGUCACGUUUGCCGUAUAACUGUCAUGUGACGCCACCGUCACGUACUUCAGUCGCCAUCGUAACUCCAUCAUGUCACCAUUGUGUCUGUUUGUACGGCCCGGGUAAUAAAUACCUGUCGCCACAGGCGCUCUCUGUGUAUUCCUACCAGCAGAUGAAUGAGAAUCACACACGUUUAUUCGUGCAUCAUCCACCGGCACGGUAUUGCACUACAUUAUUAUUGUACAUAUUACAUAAAUACAGUUGUCAGUCUACA